AUGUCGUUCGGCGGAGGCGGCUUCUCGUUCGGCGCCUCAAACACCAACAACGCCAACAAUAACACCAGCGCCGCUCCAGCAGCAGGAGGUGCACCCGCCAACAAGCCGUUCUCGUUCGGCAACACGUCUACGGGUGGUACUACUGGAGGAGGACUGUUCGGCUCGAGCAACGCGGGAUCGUCUACGGGAGGGUUUUCGUUUGGAGGCGCCGCCAAGCCCGCUGCGCCAGCUUCGGGCGGCUUCUCGUUCGGCGGCGCGACAUCGACUCCUGCCUCGACCGCAGCACCUGCUGCAUCCGCACCUUCUUCGACUGGCGGCUUCAGCUUUGGUGGUGCAGCCAAGCCUGCCGAAGGCGCGGCUGGUACGACAUCGGCACCUGCUGCGGGCGGAUUCUCGUUCGGUAACGCCUCGUCCACAGCUGCAAAGCCCGCAGCGCCAGCAACGGGAGGCUUCUCCUUCGGCUCGACUCCAGCCGCACCUGCUCCAGGAGCGGCUGGUGCAACCUCUAGCACCCCCGCGAGCGGCAGCAGCGGUCUGAGCGGCUUCGGAUCCUUCAAGCUUGGCGGCUCCACUGCGCCUGCGAGCAGCGCCGCCUCCACUACGCCUGCGCCCGCGGCCGCACCAUCCAGCGGCGGCUCGCUGUUCGGCGCUUCCAAGCCAGCCACUACCGGCGGCUUCUCGUUCGGCGGCGCCUCGUCCACUCCCGCCUCUGCGCCUGCUGCAGCGGCUCCUGCGCCCGCAGCCUCCACCGGCGGCUUCUCCUUCGGUAGCGCCACACCAGCUUCCAGCGCGCCCGCUACCUCGGCGGCAGCGCCGGCACCGGCGAAACCCGCGCUUGGCGGCUUCUCGUUCGGCAACGCGGCGGCUACCCCGACAUCCACGCCGGCUGCCUCAUCGGGCGCAGAGGCCAAGACGGCCGCACCCGCGCCUGCGCCCGCAGCUACGGGCGGAUUCUCGUUCGGCAAGCCUGCUGCUCCUGCAACCACCGCUGCACCGGCGACCACGUCGGCUGCGGCACCCGCUGCAGCACCAGCUGCGCCUGCUGCUACGGGCGGCUUCUCGUUUGGAAAGCCCGCGGCUUCUGCUGCAGCCACCACGUCGGCACCUGCGGCGCCAGCUGCCUCGGCCGCUCCUGCUGCCAAGCCCGCAGCCGGUGGAUUUUCAUUCGGUGGCGCCCCCACGGCUGCUGCGACCACCACAUCCAAGCCCGGUGAGACGGCACCCACUGCGGCCACUGCCGCUCCUGCUGCUGGCGCGGCUCCGGCUGCGGGUGCAAGUGUCGGGGCGGUUCCUACACCGUCUCUGCUGCGGGGCAAAUCCAUGGACGACAUUCUGAACCGCUGGACGAGCGAACUCGACACGUCUGUCAAGGAAUUCUCACGCCAAGCAGCCGAAGUGGCCGCGUGGGACAAGGUUCUCCUCAAGGGCGGAGAUGAGAUCGCGUCUCUGCUCAGUGCACUUUCUGCGGCGGAAGAAAAGCAGGCUUCGGUGGACCGUACGCUCGACUAUCUCGAGUCUUCUCAGAACGAUCUCUCGUACCUUGUGGGCGAGUACGAGUCGCAGAUCGACAGCCUGCUUCCUGGCAUCACGGGCAAUGGUGGCCAGGGCCUGAACCUGACCUCGGCGGAUGUGGAGAGGGAGAGGUCGUAUCAGCUUGCCGAGACCCUCAAUUCUCAUCUGGACGAUGUGGCCAAGAAUCUGUCGGCCAUGAUUACCGAGUUGAACGCGACCAGCGCUGGGAAGGAUCAGGCGGAUGCAGAGAGGGAUGGCAGCAUCGCCCAGAUCGUCGCCAUUCUCAACGCCCAUCUGGGCAGCUUGAAGUGGAUCGAUUCCAGCGCAGGUGCCAUGCGCAACAAACUCGAUGCGCUCAGGAGAGGCAACCUCUAG